CACGAUACUUUUUAGAAAAAGUUGUUGAAUAUGUCAGCUAGUUUCUGAUAUUCACUUGUUCACUCGCAUCGUGUCGCUGAACGCAUGGAUUCGAAUCCUAUUAUUGGUGUGGGAAAGAAGCAGCUUGUGCCUGAAACGUGCCUAACAUUUCUCAAUGUUUCUUGAUGCCUCUUCCUACAGCAGUCGCAAAAACGUUAGAGUCGUUGGAUAUCAAACCCUCUGUAUACCCUAGACAUUUCUGCGAUGACGAUAUCAUCGCACGUUGGCUGCAUGAGGUCGUAGCAGCCUUUGAGAACGCGGGUAUUUCUCAUUGUUGGUGGCCCGAUGCUGCCAUACAUCUCCUGCCAGAAGGGCAACUCAGAAGAGUAAUGGAAGGCAUACGGAGCGCCAGGACUGAUGGUAAAAACUGGAAUUGGGAGAACUUUAAAGGAGAUAUGAAACGUGAAGCGAAGAAAAUCGCGCAUGCCUCCAUAUUUACGCGCUUCUGCGAUAACCAUCCCAUGCUGGCGUUGACAGCUGGAGUCAGCCUCGCGACAGCAGGGCAUGCGAUAGCAAACAUGGGGAGAUUCGGUAGCGCUAGCCCUAUUGCAGCUGCUCUACAGUCGUCGAUGUACGGGACAUAUGCGUAUCCAUGGCUUCCUGGAGCGAAAGGCCUUGCAAUGACAGCCGUACCAACUGCAGCACCUGCCUUCACAAGAGGCGUGCCAGGCGUUGGCGGUGGGGUUACAUUUGUGGCGAAAGCAGUUAGCCAGUAUGCGAGCAGAGCAAGGAGCAAACUGUAAAUGUAAGGGGAGUUUGAAACAGAGUGGAGGACUGCUUACCCUUCUGUGUUAUAACUGGUGGGUCUUCAUUGAUCAUGUGGAAGCUUAUAAUCAGAUAAGACUUGUAUAGUAAAUCGUUUCAUUUUUCUUGUGCAAAUGGGAAAUGAAACAACAACGAUACAGCAGUGUU